AGGGAGACCUCUGCCACGUUCAGUACUGGAGGCACCAGCGGGGAUGCAGCAGCGUCCUCAGAGUGGUACCCAGGCCUCAAGCAGUGGUGCAUGGAGAAACUGAUGAAGGAGCUCCUUCUUAGACGGUUUUCAGUGCCAGCUGAGUGACAAGGAUGUCAUGAUUGGGACUCAUUUAAUAAGGAACACAGAUGGAUUAGUACAACCAAGAUGCUGGGCUGAGAGAUCCCCCAUCUAAGUCAAUACACGUCACCCCAAACUUAGAGAGGCCUCUGCCCAGGACACUUCCAGACGCGCUUCAGCACCGUGCGGUCCAGUGUACAAAUGGACGAACUUCGGGGACGCCUUGCUUUCUCCUGUCUUCUGGUCUUCAGAAACGGCCCUCGGAAUUGGCACUGCUCUGCAGGGUGGACCCCAAGCCAGGCGGGCAGCAGAAAGUCAGGCAGCAUUGUCCACACCCCCCGCAGGAAUGCUUUCCACAUGGAAUAUCUUCCUCUGGGUGUCUCCCGGACCAUGUGAGAUAUUUGGGGCAGGCCUGGGUAAGAAGCGACACUGGAGACACUUGAGAGUGUAUGGGGGGGGGUGGCGGUGAGGGGUGCUGAGCCAUUUGGGAAGGAUGCGAAAUGCAGGGUGAGGCCACACCCGUCACACCCACCGCACCCCGCCUGCACCACACCCACCCGGCCUCUCUCCUGCAGGAAACAAGUGGAGACCAAGGCAGACACCUCCGCCCCGGGAGCUACAUGCAUACAGGAUAAAGUUGACUAGUUGUUAAAAAAAAAAAAAAAAGUCCUCUGAUCCAGAAAAUGCGGUCUUACUUUUGACCAAUCAGCUUGGAGAAGAUUAGAAAGAGCGAUAAUACCCAGUGUUGGCCAGGCUGCAGACAAAGGCUGCGUCUUACGCCUUCUGAGAGGAGUGCUGAUUCAUGACAUAAUCCUGGGGAGGCUGUUCUCGCCGUGCACAUGUUCCGGCAGCAUUCCGUAGGGCCAGUUUGUUCAAAAUAAACGUUGGGUCCUACAGCUCCAGCAGGAUGAAGCAGCUGGUAUCGGGGCUCCCCCAAUGCUGCAAUCACUGUAAAGGGGCCCAAAGCGUCCGAAGUAGGCACUUGGGGGGCGGGGGACGAGGCAGCGCCGGAGCAGCACCAUGCCCUCGAGGAACCAGGGAGGUGUGAAGCCUGCAGACCACGGAACAGCAUCUUUAAAGCACCGAGAGGAAGACCCGCUGCCCUAAACGUCUGUACCGGUAAGAACAUCCGACAGAAAUCAGGGCUGAUGAAACCUGGGGAAAUUCUCACUACGAGAAAUACUAUAGGACAGUCCUUAAGACGAAGGACGAUGAUCCCUGAUGGAAACACAGAAGUUGCAGAUGAAAUGAGCUACGCCUGAAAGAGCAAGUGUUAGACGUGACCACUGAACGCAUAGAAAUAAUGUCUUGUGAGCUUAUAACAUGUAGAAGUAAACUAUGUAAGUGAAAAGUGAUGGGAGCGGGGACAUUCCAUUAAGCUGUUGUGUGUUCUUGCAGCCUUUGAGGUGCGGUGAAGCUCUCAUUUAAUGCUGCGAAAACAAGGAUGCCUUGUGACUCCCAGAGAGCCAUUCCAAAGACACCCCGAAAUAGAACCCAAACAGCUGACAGAGGAGAACAGAGGGGACGUUUAAAUACCUGAUAAUACCAAACAGGCAGCAAGAGUGGAGUAGAGAUUAGAUCAAACGGGAAACAGAUAGCAAGAGGGCUAAAGCCAGCCGGGUCAGAAAUCAUCACGUGUGAAGAGCUGAGACCAGAGAUGGUUGGACGCGUGGGUAGAUGAGUAACAUAUAAUGAAGUCUUUCGACUUACGUACCCAGCACUGGGGGGGUGUAUUCAUGGAUGGGCGUCCACACAGCAGAAGUCCAAGCAGCCCUGAGUGGGCACAGGACGGUCCAGCGGGGCCGCGGGCAGCGAGGGGGCAGGUGCCACAGGUGACGCUGGCAGGAGGUGAGCCCUGGGCGUCACUCAGCUGGAAGGGCGCUCACGCUGGAUCCACACGGGACCCGCUAUAAACUCACUGGAGCCUGUCUGGCAGCCCCAACAUGUCAUGAGUGGCGGGGUUAGAAUCGGGGCUGCGGGCCCAGAGGCAGCCUUCCUGCUCCCCUUUCUCUGCCCCCCAUCGGGAGGCCCUCGGUUAUCUCUCUGGCUCUUUACGCCCGUCCAUCUGGGGCCCCCCGGCUCCGCUGCAUGAAUUUCCUCAUCAGGAGCCCAAAAGGUGAGCCUUGCGUCACGUCCAAACCAUGCAUCGUCACCCCGGGGGGCAGCCGAGGGGCGACCCCAGAGUCUCCACUGCGACCCUGCCCUCACCAGGCUUCUAAGGUCGUGGUGACAGAGUGGGAAACUCAGGGACCCAGCUGAAAGGACUCGGCCGACGGCAGAUGAGCAGGCGGCCCAUUGGAAGGAGCUUCUGCCAGAGCUGGUUCUCAGCCCCUGGACCCCGGGCUUGCCGGGCUGGCGGCAAAGGCCAGGAAGUGGCAGAGACAGAAGACGUAAGGAAAGACGACCACUCUCCUCACGACGGACAUUAGCGUUCCUUCAGAUGAUGAGCUGGGAGUGAGACAGGAGUAUCUGAGGGUUCAGAGACCAACGCAGGCAGUUAGAGGCUAUGAAGUUCGUCAUGCCGUCUGGGGCCAAAGCUGCAUCCCUCAGUCCAUGCGGGGCCGAUCUACCCCCAGGCUGGCCCCUGUCACCGUAGGGGGGCAGUGUGCAGUGUCCACACGGCCAGGAAGGCCCCGGAGGUGAGGAGGGGCCCAGGGCCGGGUCGGGGGCCGCAGGAAGGAGCAGCAAGGAGGACGUGAGCUGGGUGUCCUCUCAUGGUCAGGAUAUUGAUGGAAAGGGAGCUAUGUCCCUCCUGGGCUGGGGAGGGGUCGGGAAGAAGGAGGGUGCAGGUGGCAUGCCCGAUCCUGCCAGGUUCUGUCCCCGGGUUGUGUGUGAGGUGAGGAGAAAUGGUACCAGAGGUGUCCCGGGCAGCCCCCGCCCCGUCCACUCUGGAAGUCCAGGGCGCCCCCAGUCUCAGCGCCCGGGCUGUCUCCACGGCCGCCCGCUGCCCUCAGGGUGGCCCACCCUUCAGGACUUAGCCCCUCUCUGCCACUUCGCUGACCGCAGCCUCCGCCGGCCGGGAGGAUCCCCGCGAGUUUGCAGGACCCGACGCCAGGGCGGGUGCGUUAGCUUCUCACGGGAUGGUGUGUUCAGGCGACACGCGUCCGUGGAGCGCAGCCAGGAGAGUGCCGGCGUUUUCCUCGGCGUGAGCGUUUCCUCCUCUGUCUUAGUGCUGAGGUCCAGACCUGUGCUGAUUACCACCUGUACCAGCAAUUUCUCUUUUUACUUUUUUAUAAACAAUAAAAGCAAAAUGAAACGUAAAACGCAGCUUUCCAACUUCCUUUCAGCAGAGGAACUGUUUCUUCAAACUAGAUCCAACCAAAAGAGUCAGUCUGUACAGGAACCAAACGAAGGAGGCUCCGGCCCAAGUGGGGCGCGGUGCCAGGUCUGGUGGCCCCCCAGUAGCUUCCAAGGGAGGUGGCCGCAGGGCGCCAGGACGCCAGGGCAGAGAGGAGCAGGUCCAGGGCCGCCGCAUGCUGCUGGUCCCAGCGCCAGGGAUGCGAUGGCCACACCUGGGAGACAACCCCGGCCCUUACAGAGCGAACCCCCCGCACCCGGCUCUGCGCCCUGCCCUCCGAGCUCCAGCCAAGCCCGGACCAUCUCCCACCAACCUGCCUGUCAAAUCAGGGGACAUAUAACAGCACAAUCCAAGUAAAAUGGCAAUUAAAUGUUGACUAGAUCCCUAUUUGAGUCUCCAAAUGGGCCGCAGGUGCAAAGUCAGUGGCUGAGGCUGGAGCCCCCAGAGGCCGGAGCCCCCAGAGCCAGGCGAGGCAGCUGUGGCCCGGCCGUGGCCCUCUGAGGCUACAUCCCGAGCACAGCUUAACCCCCGAACCUUCGGUUGGCCGCCAAGGUUCCGUGGUGCUCUGAGCAAGUCACCAUCCACAGAGAACUGACUCCUCUCAGCUCUGAAGCUUCUGAUUUUCCAGUUGAGGGGACUCCUACUGCCCCAUCGGGUGCCCUAACUUCCCUGCCCCCCACGCCCGGGGCCACCCCGGUCCUGCCACUUGCGGACGUGCGGGUGAAGGUACUGCAGCCCUGGGUCCCUUGUCCACACCCACUGGUGGCACCGGCUCUGAGCUUCCAGACCACGUAACACCACAGCCGCCCUACCGAGAAGGUUCUAUGACCUGCGUGUUACAGAUGAGGGAGCGGGACCCACAUAGGUGCCCAGUCCCAGCUGGUCACCAGCCCGCCGGGCCUCCAGUCCUGUCCUGACCCCAACCCAGGCGCCAAGCUCCUCCUGGCGUCUCGUCGAGGGUCUGGGCGGAGGUCCUGCUGGCUUCCCCGCCUGGUGGGAUCAGGUGGAUUUCCAGGCCCUCAAGAGGGGCCACGUGUGCUGUUUCUGGAGAGGGAGUCUCACCGUCGGAGGUCGGCGGGCUGGUGGGUCCGCACGCACAAACCGGUGGGGAGGCAGGGCCACGGGGUGACAGGCUGGGGCAGGCUGCCUCCCGGUGACCUGCCGAGAGGCCGGGGCAGGCUCUCUCCGCUGGAGCCUCUAAAUUAUGAAAGUGCCAGAAAUCCCCAAAGAGGAAGGUCAAACUAAAAAGCGUAAUUAUUACAAAACAGGAGACAGAAUUUGAUGUGCGUGAAAUAGUCCCAGAUAGUCAGAUGGUUGUGAUAAUUUUCAGCAUUGGAUCUGCCUGGUUUCCAUCUUCUUUCUUUAUUUCCUAAGGUCUGCUUUGUGACCGGACAACCCCAAAGGCAGGUCAUCUACAUGGAGAUUAAGCUGUUAUAAGACUAAUUCAUAUUUUAUAAGACUGCGUUUGGAGAGUGAUCAGCUGAAAUUUAAUUGGGUUAGACGUUAUCACUUUAAAUUUUAAAUAACUGCACAAAAAUGAAAUUUAAAAUCUCCCCGUGUCUAAUAAAUUAGUACUGCAAUACUGAUAUUAGCCUCUGAGGAACCUGGCACAGUUUAGCGUGAGGACAGAGCGUCUGCCGGGCACGAGGGCCCGGCCAUCAGUCACGCAGGGCCGCCAGGGACCCAGCCUCCAUCCCAGGAAACCCCACCAGCCAGACCCCCCGAGGAUCAGAGUGUCAGCAGCUCGGAACUGUGAGAAACGCCUGAAGAAUACGCUCAAUGGUCAGCAAAGGCGAGAGCAGCCCAGCCCGUCCAGCAGGAGGCCCCACCGUCGUGUCGGGGCUCCUGGCCUGGCGAGGCCGUUUCUAGGCCAGGCCCAUCACCCUCAGGUAAGGAGGUGCUUCUGGGCUAAGACACCAGGCGGCAGCUGUGCCCACGUGGAAACCCAGCCCCUCGCAGCCGUGGCCUCGCAGGAGCCUCAGCCCACCGGCCAUCUCUCUGCAGUCACCUCCCUGCCGACGGCCCACUAGACUGGCCGUGCUGCUCUCCUGGCCAGAGGGAAACUUCCCCGGGGCAGCAAGUCCUGCCAGAUGGCUCUGGGGGGACGUCCAAGAUGAAGGACACCAGAUGAGGGACCGAGGGAAUCCGCAGUGGCCUCAGGGUCAAGGCCAGGGCCAGCCUGCUGCAGGGCCCUUGGUGGUUUUGUCCGCAGAAUGGAGCUAAGGAUUCACAGGACGUGACCCCAAUCCUCCCUCCCUCUUCCCCGGGUGGGUUUGAAAGGCAGCGUCAUUUCCGCAUGGUCUUGGCCUCCCUGCCGCGGACCUGUCGGGGUCCCAGCGGUUAAAGGGCUGCCGGCUCUGUGGUCACAGGCCAGGGCCCAACCCGCUGGGACCCGCGCCCAUGUUUAUGCACCACUGCCCCCUGGUGGACAGGCCGGGCUGGCGGCGGCCACACUCAGACCCUGUCUAGCGGCCGGUCCUCAGGCUGACUGAGGGCAUCCACCCCCACCCCCGGGGGCUCCCUGCACCUGCCUUUCGGGAGAAGGACCGAUCUGCAUUCCUCUCUCCCUGCUUUUUCUCAGGUCGCGAUGACGAUGUUUACAAGGCUGCUCUGGUUGUUGGUGGGAGGGGCUGCCUCUAGGGCCCAGAACUGGGAGACCCUACGGGGUGAGCAGGUGAGUCCACGGCCAGGCGCCUCGCUGAGCACCUCACCGAGUCUAAGUGAAGUUCCUUCCUCUGACCACAUCCCAGAAGGCUCUCCGUGCCGUGGCUGGAGGCCUCCCCAUUCCGAGCUGCCCCCCGAUCCAUCUCCGGGGCUGUGGGCAGCACGGCACUGCCCGUCGGGGAAAGGCCGACUCUGGGAUGGCUCUGGGGUCUUCCUUCACCCUGUCUGUAAACUACUAAACCACAAAAGGUUUUCUUCUUUAAGUUUGUCACAGUGAAAUUAAUACCCAUUUCAGGGAAAACUCUCAAGGAUUAUAGCAUAAGGUAGCGCUCCGAUGCUGCAGGCUUUCAGGGGGUGGAGGGCAAACACGACCAAAGUGACAAUCUGGAGUUGAAGAGCGUCCCACAUAGAGAAUCAGGUGUUUAUCUCUGUCUUCCUGACUCCUGAGCUGUAAAACGAGCAGACGCUAAGAAGGGGCUUCCUCGGGUAACGGGGAGGCGGGCGCGAGGGGUCCCGGGGGCCAGGGCGCUCUGGGGACGGGGGGUCCCGGGGGCCAGGGCCCUCUGGGGACGGGAGCUCCCCCCACGCAGUGACCAGCCUUCUCUGUCCCCGGCCCCUCCAGCGCUGCCCACCCCCCGACGUGCAGACGUGUUCUCAGAGGAGACACCUGCGCCCCGCCGCUCUGACACCUGUUCUCAGUCCAGGUCCUCCUGCCCCAGCUCGCUGUCUGUUCCUGAAACACCUUUGCUGGCACGUGUCCCUCCCUCCCAGACUCGGGGGCACCCCCGCGCCCCCAGCUGCAGGGAGAGGCCUUCGGCUGUGCACAGGUGAGCAGCUGGAGGGGUCCCCACGCGGACAGUCUGACCUCAAAGCCAGGCCCCCUGCCCCCCACUUCUCUCGGGUCCACUCUCACUGGCAUGGGACGCUUGGCCUUGGCGCCCUGUCCACUCGUAGCCUCAACGAAGCCAGUCCUCGACCCCUAAGGAGAGAUGAGAGGCAAUGUGACCCUCAAGAAGUCAGGGUGCGCUGUCCCCCAAGGACGGGCUCCCGUCCAAGGCUGGCAGUCCUGGCCCUCAGGCCCAGCGGACACGGCGACCCAGGACCUCCAAGACCCCGGCAGACAGACGCGGCCGCCUCGGUUGGGGGCUGGCCUGUGCAGAGAUGCCCCCGCACGUCCUGCCCGCCACGUGCUGUCCCGCCCGCCGCCAG